CCAUUUUGGGGCGCACCUUAAACGCUCUUUCUCAUUCACAGUCCUUGCAUCUGCCACCUUCAAAAACACAGUAAAAACAAGAGAAGAUCAACCUUCGACCGCGCAAUAUGUCGCACUCCGCCGACGCGAGCGCGCCACCUACUGGUACUGCGACUACCAUAGGAGAAGAGAUUGCUGCUACGAGAAAACGCCUUCGAUUCAUCGACGAAUGGCAGAAAUGUCUAUAUCAGGAAGCAAGAGCCCUCAAGAGCAAACUCGAAACCCUAGUAGUCGCACAGCCAUUACCCGUCCCGCCGCCUACGUCCGAACGUCGUAACUAUAUCCUCGAACUUUCCGGCUCAAAGAUGAUGCUCGAUUGCAUCAACCGCUGGCUGGAACACAGCGAAAAACGGUUCGAUCGACAGCGCAUGCUGCAGAUCUACGAAUUACCUCAGGAUACAAAAGAUUUCAUACGAGAAUGUUGCGGCGGCCUGUAUGCAGAGGAUUUCGAUAAUGCGUGGAAGAAAUUCGAGGAAAUUGUUAGUCGCCAGCCUUCGAAAGUCUUGAAAUAUCACUUCCCCACGAUCACCCCGCGGUCCCCGCCCCGAUCCGAUAACGCUACGACUACUCCUGGAGAACUCCCGUUGGAGGAUACCCAGAGGAGAUCAAGCAGUGUUUCAACGGCUCGAACUUCAACACCAGCAGCUGCUACAACAUCCCGGUCGAAAAGAGCUGAGGCCACCAGAACGUCAGCCCCCCUAAUGGAUGAAUACAGACAACAAUGGAAUACACUCUUCCAACCCCAGACUCAGCUAUACUCACUCUUUGGGAAGAGGAACACGAGUGAAGAAUUUUCUUCAGAGGCGGCCAAACGGAGACGGGGAACACCUCGCCGGUCCUCCAAAACGUCCAACGAGCGCAUGGACGUCGACUCCGAGGACGAUGAUCCAGUACGGAAGCCGGGCAGGCGUGACCCUAAACGAAAGGCAUCUGAUCGCAGGGUCAAUGAAUAA